AUGAGGGUUGCACUUUUGGCAAUUGGUGCGCUGGUGGCGUGUACUUCGGCUGAUGCUGCAUUCUGCCGAUGCCAACCUGAUCAGCCUUGCUGGCCAAAUGAGGACAAAUGGGCUAGUCUCAAUUCAUCGACUGAUGGGAAUUUGGUCAAAGUCACACCAUUUGCCUUGCCUUGCCAUGACCCGACUUUCGAUGCGGAAGAAUGCAGUAUUGCGCAAGAGCAUACGAACAGUUCUACAUAUAGAUCAUCUGACCCUGGCGCUUUGCAAUGGUCAAAUUGGGAAACAUGGCCCGAGAAAGAUGAACAAUGCUAUAUCGAAACACCCCAGUCAACACCUUGCAAGCAGGGUCGUAUCCCGCUUCUGUCUGUAAAAGUUAAGGAAGCAAAACACAUCCAAGAAGCCGUCAAAUUUGCGGCAAAACACAACCUGAAGCUCGUCAUCAAGAAUUCAGGACAUGACUUCAUUGGGCGCUCUUCUGCCCCGAACUCCCUCCAGAUCUUUACUCAUGAUUUGAAAGAAAUUUCAAUUGUGGACGAGUUUGUACCAACAGUCCCAGUCAACACCAGCGCUCCCCCGAGUACUAAGGCUGUGAAGCUCGGGGCAGGUGUUCAGUUGCACGAGAUGUACUCGUACCUAGGCUCUAAGGGAGUGAUGGUUGUUGCGGGAACAGCGAAUACUGUCGGUAUCACUGGUGGAUACAUUCAAGGUGGCGGACAUUCAUUGCUGGGAUGGCUGCACGGAAUGGCGAGCGAUAAUGCGCUUGAAUUCGAGGUUGUUUUGGCUGAUGGCUCACUCAUUGUUGCAAAUGAUUAUCAAAACUCCGAUGUCUUCUUUUCUCUGCGUGGAGGUGGAGGUGGCAGCUUUGGUGUAGUGGUCAGCGCAACUGUCAAGGCUCAUCCCAAUUACCCUACAGUGGUGGCUACUUUGAACUAUACCACCCCUGUGGGCGCUUCAUACUGGGACGGAGUGGGCGCUCUCCAAAAGCAUAUCCUGGAAAUUAACGACAAAGGAGGCUCCGGCUUUUAUGGAUUAAUCCCCAACACACCGAUUUCCGACACCCAAACGGUAUCCACAUUGGUGUUUAUGGCGACGUUUGUGAACCAAACAGACACAAAGGCAGUUGAGCAACUGAUGGCACCAGUGAAGUCAGAUAUCAAGAACGCAAUAGGAGCAGAGCCGUAUUCCGAUAUCGCGGCAUUGCCCACACUGUCAACUUUGUACUCCUCCCUGCUUCAAGGAGACGACACGACCGGUCACCAAAUGCGCCUCGCCACCCGUCUGCUAUCUCGGCAGUUCUAUGAGUCAGGCAACCACACCAAAUUGACAAGUGCUCUGUCUACCAUUGCAUAUGGACCAGCAGACGGUAUUGUCGGCGCAUUCGUAGCUGGCGGCCAAGUUUCCGAGAACCGCAACAUCGACUCCGGACUCAACCCCGCCUGGAGAGAUACAAUGGUCCACCUAAUCGCCGCCCACUAUAUGAGUCCUGAGAUGACAUUCGACGAGCAAAAAGCAUUCGAAGCAAACAUCACCAAUACCGAAGUCCCACUCCUCAGAUCCCUCGAGCCAGGCGAGAUGGGCGCAUACAUGAACGAAGCUGACGCCGACGAAACCGACUUCCAACAAUCAUUCUGGGGCGAGAACUACCCCCGCCUGCAAGAAAUCAAAGCCUCACGAGACCCAGAUGACCUCUUCAUUGCGCGCAAAGGGGUUGGAAGUGAGAAGUGGGAUGACAGCGGCUUGUGUCGCGCAUAA